CGUAACUACAGGAGGUAGGCAAAGGAGACGGCGACGACGAAGAACAUCUUAUAGCAACGGAAAAAAGUUAGCACAUUCCAAAAACUUCAAAGACUGCUGUGUACGACAUCCUAUAUUACCGACUGCUUCUGUUUGAAUUGAACGGCAUCUUCAGAAUCUCGGCGACGCUAAUUUCUAACUCAUAUGGGAGAGGUCUAUUUCUAGAAUUUUUGUUUUUCUUUAAUAGAUUUGCCACCUACAUUGGCAUUUUUUCCCACUGCAAUCGAUUAUAAACUACAGUUUUGCAACCUUUCAGUGACAUGAACAUCUAACCAUAUUCAAGUUUGCCCUCAUCUCAAUAUCCAGAUAUCUCCACCUCAUCGACUCAAUAGUUAACCAUAUUCAAGUUUGCCCCUUUGAAACCAUCUGCUUGGAUUUUAUCGAUUCCAUUACCUAAAAAUAUGGUACAAUUUCAGUACGCCAGUACAUAUUAUGCAAAUGAAACACAAUUAAAAUCAGCAUUGUGAACUUUAUUGUUUGCCCAUUUUUUUGAUAAAUUACCCAUUUUAUGAUUCUACUGGGCCCUUUUCGCCUUUGCCCUACAAUUAUUCCUCCUCUUCGCUCUUUUGUUUCAUUGUUUGUUCUGCUUUGCACUUCUAUUCAUUGCAUUCUUCGUCGGUGAUUGUGCUCGUCCAGUUCGUCGGCCAUGUGUUCUAUCAUUUUCGUCAGAAAUCCUUUCUUAAGCCCUCCACUUUUCUCCUUUUUUGUUACCUUCGCACUUCGUUUUUAUUGUUCAUGUUCUCUGUCGUCGAGAUCUACUGUCUCAGGUUUAUUCUGGCUUUCAUAGUAAAUAAAUUGCUCUUCUUCCCCUCAUUUCUUGCUGGACGCAUAUUAUGCUUUUCCACUUUGCGACAACACUGUUUCCCUUAUUUGUGUUCGAGUAAAGUUCAGACUUUAUCCUCAGAGUUGCUACGACCUACAAUACUUGAAGAAGAGAUCCAGGUUUCCCAGACACCUACUUUCGAGGACAAAACCAUCAAUGAAUUGGUUGAAAUUGAUCCAGAUAUAUUCCAUGAAGGUAGAUGGUGGUUCCCAUCUUGCACUAAAUGCAACAAGUCUUCAAUUCAGACCUCUACUAAAUAUCGCUGCAUACGUGUGAUUGGACAGAAACUAAAUUUAGGCAUGUCACAGCCUUGCAUAUUCUAAUGCACUACAUGAUAUAGAGAUAAUUGCUUUGCGUAUCUACAACGACCAUCACUACUUUUGAAGCGCAAACGCUUUUAUGUACAUAUAACCAAACCGAUGAAACUUCUCUAGCUUAGUAUUUGUUUAUGCGAUCCUCAGCUCUGCUUUCUGUACCUAUGACGAUCAUCGUCACUUUUGCAAAGCAAAUGCUUUUGUGUACAUAUUACCAAGUUGAUGAAACCUUGCCAGUUUAGCGUCUGUUUAUUAUGAUCUUUAGCUCUUGGAAC